AUGGAGCCCAUCACCAUCCCCUCCGACCGCGACGGCGUCGCCUACCUCUACGGCCACCCACUGCGCAACUCGCUCUCGCCGCCCCUCCACCAAACAGUCUACAACGCGCUCGGCCUGAACUGGACGCAGAUCCCCCUCUCAACCGCAGAUGGCGCCUCCUUCACAAAGUCUCCCGAGAUCACCACCUUCCUCUCCUCCAUCCGCUCAAACCCUAAGUUCGUCGGCUCCUCCGUCACAAUGCCCUGGAAGGUCGCGAUCAUGCCGCACCUCGACGACCUGACAGAAGAUGCGCGACAAGCAGGCGCCUGCAACACGAUUUUCCUGCGUAAGGAAGAGGAUGGGAAGACCGGGUACGUUGGAACGAACACAGACUGUAUUGGCAUUCGCGAGGCGCUGUUGCAGGGCUCGCCUAAUGGCGCGGAGCACUUUAAGGGAAAGCCCGCGCUUAUUGUUGGCGGUGGUGGCACUGCCCGGACAGCGGUAUAUGUGUUGAGAAAGUGGCUGGGCGUGAGCAAGAUCUAUAUCGUGAACCGAGAUGCGAAUGAGGUCGAGGCUAUUCUUGCGGAAGACAAGCAGCGGAAUCCGUCCCCCUCGGCUCCGUUGAUCCCCGUUUCAGAUCCCGCUGUUGCGGCGACGCUCGAGGCACCGGUUGCUAUCGUCAGUGGAAUCCCGAACUACCCGCCGCAGACGGAGGAGGAAGUUAGGGCUCGCGAGACGCUGCGUGUGCUGUUGAACAGGCAGACGCAUGAGAAGGAUCAGGGCGUCAUCCUGGAGAUGUGCUACCACCCUCUUCCAUGGACGGAGAUUGCGCAGAUGGCGCAGGAUGCGCGGUGGAAGGUUAUUCUUGGUUCGGAGGCGCUCAUCUGGCAGGGUCUUGAGCAGGCGAGGCUCUGGACGGGUAAGGACAUUGUUGGGGAGCCUGGAUUGGUGGAGAAGGUCAAGGCGUUUGUUGCGCAGACCGUUGCGGAGAGGUCCAAGUCAAACUUGUAA